AUGGGUAAAGCUCGCAAGAGGCACAACUGGAAGGCGCGUUUGCCGGGCGAACCCGGGCAGCGGGAUGUCCCGGUCCAGGAGGCCGUGCAGCUGGAACUGGGGGAUGAAGCCACCUUGAAAGGGGUGGAUGGAAGCAACGCCCUGGUCCUUCCGUCGCGGAAAACCAAAGGGCCGAAAAGAGCACCUGAGAAGCACCCGGAAAAGACGCCCCUGAGUAAGAAGAGGAAGAAGCUGCUGCAGAAAGUUUUGGAGCAGAAGGAAAAGAAGGAAAAGCGAGCCGAGUUACUGAGAAAGCUGAGUGAAGUCCAAGCUCCUGAAUCUGAAAUGAAGCUAUUGUACACCACAUCGAAGCUGGGAAUGGGGAAGCGCAUGUUCCAGCAGAAGAGGACAAUCCAAGAAGCAGGCGCCUCCGGUCCAGAAAAGAUUAGGAGCGUCGGUGGUACUAACAGGAAAAGAAGCAGGCUUGAACCAGAUGUCGAGUCUGAGGAGGAGGAGGAAAGUUCAAGUGAGCAGGAAAGAGAGCCGGAAGACCAGAUGGAAAAAACCACCCCGGUGAUCCCAGAUGUUGCUCCGGUGCAGCUCCAGGAGCCGACAUAUGCCAUCACGGAUUCGCCCAGCAUGCCCAAGCAAUGUGGCCCGGCUUCCAAGCCCUCUUCAGAGCCUGCGGUUUUCAUUCCUGUGGAUAGAUCUCCCGAGAUUCAGGAAGCCAGGCUGAAGCUUCCAAUUCUUGCCGAAGAGCAAGUCAUCAUGGAAGCCGUUAACGAGAAUCCCAUGGUCAUCAUAUGCGGAGAAACCGGCAGCGGCAAAACGACUCAAGUACCCCAAUUUCUUUAUGAAGCAGGAUAUGCCAGCUCCAGCGGCAUAAUUGGCAUCACAGAACCUCGGCGUGUCGCGGCUGUGUCCAUGUCCCAGCGUGUCGCGAAGGAGAUGAAUUUGUCGCAUCGGGUGGUUUCAUACCAAAUCCGUUACGAAGGGAACGUGACUGCCGACACCAGAAUCAAGUUCAUGACGGAUGGGGUGCUGUUAAAAGAAAUCCAGAAGGAUUUCUUGCUGUCCAAGUACCGAGUCGUAAUUCUUGAUGAAGCUCACGAAAGAAGCGUGUACACGGAUAUCCUGAUUGGUCUCUUGUCUCGCAUCGUGCCCCUUCGGACCAAAAAGGGGCAUCCGCUGAAGCUGAUCGUCAUGUCCGCCACCCUGCGCGUGGAAGACUUCACCAGCAACACGAAGCUGUUCCCUGCGCCUCCUCCUGUUAUACAGGUGGACGCACGGCAGUUUCCCGUGGCGGUUCACUUUAACAAGAGAACCCCGCUGGACGACUACGCUGGGGAAUGUUUCCGGAAGGUCUGCAAAAUUCACCGAAUGUUACCUCCAGGAGGCAUCUUGGUGUUCCUCACUGGCCAGGCCGAAGUGCAUUCUCUCUGUAGGAGGCUGAGGAAGACUUUUCCUUUCCGCAAAAAUGUGGCCCAAGGUGGUGAAGACAAGGAGGACUCAGUUGAAGAAACCAGAAAAUUUAAGAAAGCCAAACGCAGCAAAAAAGUGACACUACCUAAAAUUGAUAUGGAUAACUACUCUGUUAUGCCAGUUGAUGAAGGAGAUGAGGACAGAGAUGCUGGAGCUGAGGAGGAUGAAGAUGCUGACGUCAUGGGCUCAGAUCUUGACCUUGACUUGGGAGACGAUGGCUUGGAAGAUGAGAAACCAGACUCUUCCCUUCCGCUGUACGUUCUUCCACUCUACUCCUUGUUGGCACCAGAAAAACAAGCGAAGGUUUUCAGACCCCCUCCUCCUGGGACACGGUUGUGCGUUGCAGCCACCAAUGUCGCUGAAACGUCUCUGACCAUCCCCGGCGUCAAGUACGUGGUGGACUGCGGCAAGGUCAAGAAACGUUUCUAUGACAAAAUAACCGGGGUUUCGUCUUUCAAAGUCACCUGGACGUCUCAGGCUUCCGCCAACCAGCGGGCCGGCCGAGCCGGCCGCACGGAACCAGGCCACUGUUACAGGCUCUACUCUUCGGCCGUCUUCAGUGACUUUGAGAAGUUCACCCCUCCGGAAAUUACCAGGCGACCCGUCGAAGAUUUAAUUCUGCAGAUGAAAGCACUGAACAUUGAAAAGGUGGUCAACUUCCCUUUCCCGACACCCCCGCCAACGGAUGCGCUUGUAGCUGCUGAGGAGUUGCUCAUCGCUCUGGGGGCUUUACAGGAACCCCCCAAAUCUGGAAGGCUGAAGAAACUCCGGGAAGCGAAGCUGAGCUGUCCCAUCAGCCCCCUGGGGGCCACGAUGGCGUCGUUUCCCGUGGCUCCCCGCUACGCCAAGAUGCUCGCCCUGAGCAAACAGCACAAUUGCCUGCCUUACAUCAUCUCCUUAGUGUCUGCCUUAACAGUCCGUGAAAUUUUUGAAGAGUUUGACAGGCCUGCCAUGAGUGAAGCAGAGCAAGAGAAGCUCAAGGGGAAAAAGGCACGGGUGGUACAGAUGCAGCGGAUCUGGGCCGGACAGGGACCCUCUCAAAAACUGGGAGACCUCAUGGUAAUGCUAGGAGCCGUGGGUGCCUGUGAGUACGCUGGAUGCACGCCCGUCUUCUGCGAUGCGAACGGCCUGCGCUACAAAGCCAUGGUGGAAAUCAGGCGCUUGCGGGGGCAGCUGACAACGGCAGUGAAUGCCGUCUGCUCCGAUGCCGGCCUCUUUGUUGACCCUAAAAUGAAGCCCCCGACAGAAACCCAGGUGACCUACUUGCGGCAGAUAGUCCUGGCCGGUCUUGGAGACCACGUCGCCCGAAGGAUCCAAGCGGAGGAGCUCCUCGAUGAGAAGUGGAAAAAUGGUUAUAAGACUCCCCUUCUGGACGAUCCGGUCUUCAUCCACCCAAACUCCAUCCUCUUCAAACAGCUGCCUGAGUUCGUGGUGUAUCAGGAAAUUGUUGAAACCACAAAAAUGUACAUGAAAGGUGUUUCAGCAGUCGAGCCGGAAUGGAUUCCCCUCCUCUUGCCUCCGUACUGCCACUUCGAAAAGCCGCUAGAAAACCCUCCCCCCUCUUACUGUCCUAAAACGGGCAGCGUCAAAUGCCACAGGCCCAGCGUCUUCUAUCGAAUAGGAUGGCAGCUGCCAGCCGUGGAGGUGGAUUACCCUGAAGGCAUCGAUCGCUACAAAUACUUUGCCAAGUUCUUACUGGAAGGGAAGGUCUUUAAAAAGCUGGGUUCCUUUGCCCGCUGCCUGCUGUCUAAUCCUGUCACAAUGCUGAAAACGUGGUCCAAACUCCAACCGAGGACGGAAUCCCUCCUGAAAGCUCUGGUGUCCGAAAAUGCUGAUAACCGGGAUGCGUUACUUGCGGCCUGGAACAGGAACCCAAAAUAUCUGUUGAUGGAAUAUUGCCAGUGGAUCCCAGAAGCGGCGCAUGAUAACGUAUCUAAAAUCUGGCCACCUGUAACCCCAUGA